AUGAUCGAAGAAACUAUUAGAAAACAGAGUACAAUAGCAGCAUUAUCCAAAGCCAGCAUAUUACAUGAUCCAACUUUAGUUGAGGAUUUAUCUGAAUUGAGAAGUCUACAGCGAAUCAUUAAUGAGGAAGAUGAGGAAAGCGUAUCUGGGAGUGUGGUGAUUACGAAACGAGCUCCUCCUACAAAUGGAAUGAAUACAAAUGUAACACACAGCAAUAAUGAUAAUGAUGUUAGUAGUAAAAACAAAGUUAACACCAAUAUUGAAGAAAUAGAUUCAAAACAAUCAAGAAUAACAAGUUUUGCCUCAUCUAAUUAUUCAAGUGAUUCUAUACAAACGAAUAUGAACCAGGACAAUACUCAAGAUCAAGAACAUAAACAGCAACCAAUAUCAUCAAACAAAAUUGAUUUAUCUAAUAAAGAUAAUAUAGAUUUUCUGAAAUCAAAAUUAGACAAACAAAUGUCUACUAUUAACAGCAGGCAAAAGGAUGAUCAUUAUCACAAAAACAGUAUACUGGAUAAAAAAGAGGUGAAUGAGACAGUGCUAAAGAAAGAAAAUGAUGAUGAAAAUAGUGAAAAUGAUGGACAUAGUGAAAAUGAUGAAAAUGAAGAUGCUGAUGAGAACGACUACGACUUAAAUAUGGAAUACUCAGAUUCAGAUUUUGAAGAUAAUCUAGAACAAAGAAUGAUGCAUUUAGAUAUAGAAAGUGACGUUACACCUUUGAAUUUAAAAGGAAGUACUACAACACCGUUACAGUCUGGAUCGACCACACCAACUUAUAAAUAUUCAGAUGAAGAAAACAACAAUAGUUUAAAUGAAGUUACCACAUCACAAAAAAUAAUCGAAGAUCUAAACAUAAAUAAUAAAAAAUACAGAAAAGAUCUUGAUAAAGAAGCAAAAGAAGAUAAUGAGUCAAAAAUAAUAACAGACAAUGAUAACAGUAAUGAAGAGGACGAGAAUGAUCAAGAGGAAUCAGAGGAAGAAGAGGAAGAGGAAGGUGAGUUUGAAGAUGAAGAAGAAUAUCAAUCUUUACCACCACCACAAGAAUUAGAUCCAGACAAAUUGUAUGCAUUAUAUGCAUUUAAUGGACCAGAUCCAUCGCAUUGUCAAUUAGAACAAGAUGAACCAUGCAUACUCUUGAAUGAUGAAGAUGCAUAUUGGUGGCUGAUUAAGAGAUGCAAAGAUAAUAACAUUGGGUUUGCACCUGCAGAAAUAUUAGAAACUUUCCCGGAGAGAUUAGCAAGACUAAAUUGUUGGAAAAAUGAAAAUAUGACAUCAUCAGCUAUAAAUUCAUUACAAUCACUUGAUAUGAUAAAUCAAACUGAGAAGGAACAACAGGAACAAUUAGAGACAAAAAAGUCCUCAAAUUUAAAACUGCCGUAUAAAUCUAAUAAAAAUGAAAAAUCAGUGAGCUUCAGUAAUAUUGUAAGUUAUGCAAAUAGGUAUUUUAAUGAGACAAGUGAAAAUGAGGAUGAUGAUACAACUAAAAAAAUUAAUAAUAAUGACGAUGACGAUAGUAAUGUCGAUGAUAACUACACCGAUUCAAACGAUAAAAUUGCGUUAAAAAUCAUAGAGGAUAAAAAAGUUAGUAGAUAUAGUCAUAUAGACGAAUUCACAAAUGAAGUUAUAUCAUACAAAAAAAGAGAUGAUUUUGAUGAAAAUAAUAGCGAUAUAGUAAGUGAUGUGUCCUUUAGUACAGGCUAUUCUCAACCACUUAAUAUUGUAAAAAUAAGAGAAUCUAAGUCGAUUAAAAACAUUCAUGACGAAAUAAUUAACGAAAAACCAAAGGGAAACGAAACAGAGAAUGAAAAAUCGUCUAAUAUCCAAGGACUUGGUAUUAAGGAACUUAACCUCGGUAAAAAGUUUGAAACAGCCGAUCCUAAGCUAAAUGGCAUUAAAAAUACUAGAGAAAACAAUGAUAAUAACAAUAAUCUACAUAAAACAAAAAAGGGCGAAUUAGAAAAGCCUGAUAGUAAUUCAAAACAGUCAAAUUCAAAUACAAGUGAUUUACAUAAAAUAUUUGAGGCUCCUAUUGUACCCUUUGGUGAAAAUAAUUCUAAUAAAAUGAAGGAAUCCACAUCAGACUAUUCCAUUUCAACGAUAGGAGAAUUUUCACCAUCAUCAUCUGAAUGGACAAAUGAUUCUCCCAAUCUUAAAAAUAUUGAUAAUAUAGACUCUAGUAAUCUUGCCACUGAAGAAAAAGAGUAUAAUGAUAAAUCAGAAUCCUCGCAUAUCCCAUCAACAAAAACUGUUAGAGAUAUUUUAAAAUUGGUCAAAGAUGCAAACUUAUCUCCGAAGAAUGAGGUUAAUGAAUUAGAAAAUACCUUGGAAGGUCAAUCCGAUGAUGUUGGAAUCGAUGAAGACAUGAAUGAUAAUAUUAUCAAUAAUAAUGGUGAAGUGAGCAAUGAGUUCAAAUUAUCUGCCAACAAGAUAUCAGAUAAUACCAGUACUUUAUCAACAGAAAGCAAUACGGUAUCAUCUAUAAACAACGAAUUUGAAAUAUAUAUGGACAAUAAAGAGUUACAAAUGUCUACUACCAGUGUGGCCAGUUACAACUCGUUACAUAAAAACCAAAAAAACAGUGAUAUGUCUAACGUGAGACAAAUAUCAGAUAAUAAUUUGGCCGUUGACUACACAGAGGGGCAAUAUUCAACCACAUCAACUAUAGGAUUCAAACAUCCAUUAGUUCAAGAAAUGUAUGACCCAAUUUUAAAUAGAAUUGACAUCCUUAUGAAUCAAAUUGAUGAUAUUAUACGACGUUAG